CAUAAGUGAAAGUGGAAGAUUUUGUGGAGGAAUAAUCAAAAUUUGCAUUAAAGAUGCACUACAGAAACGGAAACGUGAGACCCGGAAUGAAGCGCGAAUCGCAAGAAGACGGAGACGUCCGCGAGGCCCCACAGAAACGUUCCAGACGCGGUGAUGAGGAAGUGAGGCUUUUGAUUCCCAGCAAGGUCGCUGGAUCUAUCAUCGGAAAAGGUGGUCAGAGCAUUACAAAACUUAGAGGACAGUAUAAAGCCUCAAUUACUGUGCCAGAUUGCCCUGGGCCAGAACGGAUCCUUACGAUGUACUCUGAUCUGGAUACCAUCUGCAACAUCGUGCAGGAUGUGAUGCCAAAUUUGGAACAGAACGGCUGUCGGGCUGGUAGCGAUGAAGUCGAUAUCAGAAUGUUGAUUCAUCAGAGUCAAGCUGGAUGCGUUAUUGGAAAGGCCGGAUCAAAAAUCAAGGAACUGAGAGAUAUAAAUUCAUGUAUAGCGCGAUUUGUUUAA